AUGGCGAUGAAAGAAGUUAAACUGGAGAUCAAUAUUGAAGGAAUACUAAGAGAGUGCCAGUCUCUUGAUAGAAACGAUAUAUCCAUCACAUCAGUUGAAGAGAUAAACUAUAUGAACAUACUGAAGCGCAUCCUUAAAGAUAAUCUAAAAAUAGAAAGUAAGGAGCUUAGUGAGGAGAAGAAGGAGACUAUUCUAAAAAUAAUCAAAAAUGAUAUCUGUCAGCACCUUACAUACAGUUUAAAUGAAGAUUAUAUGACUCAAUUUAUGUCAUAUAAAUUACUGAGUGGAGUCGAAGAAAAAUUUAAAUAUGCAUUCACCUUCCUAGCUAAUACACUUAUAAACCCAAAUCCGCUUAUAUACAACUCUGAGCAUGGAAUAAAUAGACAGUUUGAUAUGCAUGGAAAGAUAGAUAGUGUAGAUCUAUCUAAUGGAGAGCUUGAUUUAAGCACUAAAACAUGCACUUUGAUGGUUGAUGAUACAAACUUGGAAAAUAUACUCCAACUUACCUCAGAGUGUCUAGAUAGAGAGAAUGCUUAUUCUGUCUUGAGUUUAAUGCGUUUAUUGAAUAUGAAUCUUUUUAGAAAGUAUACAUCUGUAAAAGGAUGCUAUAGUCUGGACGAUCUAUACACUAAAGAAGAAAACAAAGUUCCAUUGAUAGACUACGGACUGAAGCUUAUUUACGAGAAAUAUCAUUUAAUCGAGCGUCUAAUUAAGUACAUCAAAGAAAUGGAAAGUCCUAGCAACAACAAUAAAGUACAGGAUAUACCUGAAAAACUUAGCAAGUUGUUUAAAAAGGAAGAGUUAGAGGUCGUCUUCUCUAUCCUCAAUAACGAAGGAGGAAUUAUAUAUAAAAAAAUGAUAUACAACAAUAUACUUAACAUAUUAGACUACAUGGCAAGCAACACCGAUAUAUUGGGUGGUAAAGGUGAGCAAAAGGUGCUGAAGAUAAAAGCAGACUUGAGCAACUUUAGUAGAGACUAUAUAACUAACCGUAAUGGCUUGUUAGAAAUAAUGUCUGACAAAGUAAAAAAACUACGUGAUGAAAGGAGAAUACUAUAUAUAUCUGUUAGUAGCGAAGAAAAAAAGUGGAAUACAAAAGAAAAGAGUCUGACAGAGUGGAAAAACACAACUGAGCUUAAUCCAAACUCGCAAGAGUACCAGAAGGUAGUGAGAAAAGAGGAAGAAGAGAUGAAAAGUAUACUACGUGAAAUUAAUUUCCUAAAUAAUAAGAUAUUUUUAUCAAAUCUUGAUAUUGACAAAGCAAGAUUAAUUUGUAGUGAUAUUGAUAUUCUUCAAGCUUACUUAAAUAUAUUAGCUAACUUAAGUCCAGCCCAGAAACAGUACUUGCUCAAGAAGAUAAAAGAACUUGCAAAACUACUGAAAGUACAAGUGGUGGUAACCGAUGAGGCAGAAGCAGCAGAAAAAAUGGAGGUGAAUGAGCCAGUUGAGCAGCACCAAACACUUGAAAUGUCCAGUGAAACAGGGUCUAAUCCAGCAGGCGCAUCAGCCCGGACAAGCACCCUUGGAAAAGUGUUAGCUGGCGGUCUUCUUGUACUUGGAUCAAUGGCAUAUGCAUGCCAACCAUCAUUCGAAGAGCAAGCCAACAACUGCUGCAAACAGUGA